GAGAGGGCGCCAAUUGGGCGAAUGUCUCCAUGUUCCUACAAGGGCGCACCUGUACCAGGUUCCCCGCCCCAAGUAAUCUUGCACCUCAAAGAGAAGCACUCUGACCCGAUUGCAGCUCAACUGCCUUCAUCAAUAACCACAUUGAACAGAUUCACAGUCUUCCUAAUGCAUGGACAGCCUGUUAGACGACCCUACAAAGGCUCAUGCCAUUGUGGUGCGACGCAAUACAUCGUCUUCCUCUCGUUUCCUCACACCUUACCUCCGGCGCGCGUCCCCAGAGCCGAAUCGCGAACACAUCAAGACUUCUACAGAUGCAACUGCACCACAUGCCACAAAGCCGGAAUCUUUCACAUGCGUCUCGCCUCAGCCCCGGAUGACUUUCUUCUCUUGAAGCCCCUCGACCCAUACAGCGACUUAGGCGACUACACAGUCUAUGAGAAAGACCUGCACUUUCUCUUUUGCAAAGGCUGUGGCAUGCGAUGCUUCACUUUUAUGGGAAAGGGCGAGGUGGCGGACGUAGAUCUAGCGGCCCUAGGAGUCGGUGCCGGGGCCGACUCCGGAUCGGAGAAGAAGGCCCGCAGCAAAUACGGGCCGGCGGCUACAGCGACGGCGGGCGAGAAGAGUAUGACAAAGGUGUGGAGACCGAAGAAGGAGGGAUGGGUGGAGGGCAAGAAGUUCGGAAGCUACUUGAGUGUUAACGGAUAUUCCGUCGACGCCGGCCAAGAGGGAUUCGAUCUACGCGAGAUAACGGAGAAGAAGUGGGUUGGAUAUUGCGAUUGGCUUGAGUUGCAUUCCGAAGGGUCUCAAGGGACUCGACAUGAUCGUCCCUGGGAAGGCGGCGCAUAUUGAGCUGGUGAGGUUGGUUCGAAAUGGGCCGGUUAGUCAAAUCCCGGAGUGAUAGGGGAAUGAAGCGAAUGCGUUGAAGUGGAGUUGAGCUGAAUGGCAAGCUGGUUGAAACCUGGCAUAUCUUGGUUACGCCCGGUAGGAGGGGGCUCAUCGGGAUAUGGAUUUCCUCCGCAUCCAUAAAAGAAUUCCGGCCCCUGAUACGAGCAUCGACUCUAACUUGCUCUCUUCGCUCCUUCGUAGUAUUAUUUCGUAACAAAUCUGCCGAUAGCUCUGAUAUCCAAGAUGAUUAGCACUAUAAUAAUGCACUAUUGACAUCCAUGCUCGAGUCGUUGUUGUUGUUGUUGUUGUUGUUGUAUUUAACGCCGUGGCGGCCGGGCUAGAGCCCUUACCGCAGACCUCCCGAAG